UCUCUCUCUCUCUCUCUCUCUCUCUCUCUCUCUCUUCUGUCUCUCUGCACGUAUAUGUUUGACGGUGUAGAUAUGUUUUUAGUGCGCUUUAUUCUACUUCUUGAAUUUUGCUCUGAAGGCAUUUAUAUGGUUAAUGGAGCUUGGCUGAGACUCUCUUUUCUCAUCCUCAGUUUUUUUUUUUUUUUUACCUGGCUUCUGUUCCAUUUUCAGUUUGGUUGGUGGAAAUUUGAAAUAUUUUAAUUUCGUUCUGAUUUCUGGGUUUCAAGAUCGUUUCAGAAGUCAAACCACUUUAAAAUCGUUGCCAUUAGUCUUUCUUAUGGAAGUCUUUCUUAUGGAUGAGCAAGUCUCGAUCGGGUUCUCAAUGGUACUUCUGAGUACAUGAUCCUCAGCAAUUCUUAUUUAAGUUUUAAUAAUGCUUUCGAAGAAUAAAUAUAGUUUUCUGUUUCUAUCACUUGCACCUGUUAAUUCAUCAUUCAAACGUGUUUGUCGAGUAUAUAUCGGCACUAGAAUUUUUUUCUGUUUUGAUUGCCAGAAAAAAAAAUAAAAAUAAAAAAAAAAUUAAAAAAAAAAAAAACACAAAAAAAGAGAAAGAAAGUCGAAAACAGAAAGCUUGGAUUUUUUUUUUUAAGUUUUUAACAUAGUAGUUUUUAUUAACUUUUUGUAUAUAUAAUUCCUAUACUCUAAUAUUUUUUUCUUAUUUUAUCGCAAGAACAAAAAGUAGCAUUAGAGAACUGAGCUUUGCUGUCUAUGUAUUUUUAUUUUUAGCAUAAACUAUUGUAAUUCUUAAUGUUCAUUAAAACUUAAAGGGUUUCAUUUUGGAAUUUUGAUAUCUAAGAUACAGAGUAUUUUGCACAUUUGAAAAUCUAAGACUUAUUUAUAAGUUGCAACCCAAGCUUGAUUCUUUUUUUAAUGACUCCUUAUGUUUGUGUAUGUGUGUGUGUGGGGUUUUCAAAUCAUACCAUACCUUGUUUGUUAAAUUGAUUAAUGUGUGAUUGACAAGCUUCCUUGGACAUCUCUGAUAUAUCCCAAGGUUCAUAGGGGAGGUCAGAUCUGUGUACACAUGAUCUGCUGGUUUUAAGGGUUUAAUUACUUGUGGGAAAAUUCCUGUGUUUUUGGAAAAUUCCACGACAUCUGUGUGCUUACCAUAAAUAUCAAAUGCAACUCAUAGUGGUUACUUGGUCCCCCGUGGAUGUGUGGCUUAACUUGAGAACAUAUAUUAGUAACUUAUCGUUUUCAUGAUUUAAUGAGGCCACAAACCGGCCACAAAAUGUGCUCCCAGUUUGUUGCCUAGGUCUUUGAUUUCUAUGAUUAUUCUUUCUUUCACAUCUGAAUUUAUUCAGUAAUCUUUGUUUGUUCUCACCCACUAAUAUAGUUAGACACUGGAUUUUUUAUUUAUUUUUUUUAAAAAAAAGAAAAAUCUGCAGUAGUUGUUGUCGUUGAUAUCAUGCUGUCAUAAAUGUGGCGUUUAUUAUGGCCUUUAAACAACUCAACAAAUUCCUUUAAUAUGGCAUUGCUGCCAGGAUUGUAAUCUAUGUACAAACCUGAGCAAUAUUGCUCAUCCUGUUAUACCUCUCUCGCUCUCUUCCCCUCUCUCUCCCAGCAUGAACAUGCAAGCUGUUGACUUAUUUGACACAAUCAUUAAUUAGCUUGUGCGCUGAUGAUCAAUGGAUUUACUGCUUCUGAGUAAUUGCUUACAAUGGUUUAUUGCAGCGUACAUAUGUUGCUCUAUUAAGUUGUUUCACCAAAUCUAGGGGACCCGCUUUUGUUUUUUUUUGUUCCUGAGGAACUUAGUUAAUUCUGUUUCAACCUAUAGCGGCUGCUAGAUUUCUUGAUGGAUGGCCUAUCUAAAGAUGGAGUUUAAUCAAUUUUCUUGUCGCUGUAUAUGCACUUUAGUUUAUAAGGAUAAACUAUUGAAGAUAUUCGCAAUAAAACCUAUCUAAGUAUGAGCAUAUACUCACUGGCCUUUGUUUAUAUAUCAAGAUGAGUAUGUGAAUCGUGUCUGAAAGUGCUUACUACUUGUUGUUAUAAUUGUGCAUACUUGAUGAUGUCAUAAGGAUUUAGUUGGGCUUGAUGGAUCAACUUUAUGAUUUUGUACCGAAUCAGAAAAUGAAGGGCUCAUCAUGUGUUGGCCAUAGAGGAUCACCAGAAUUGUACUGGCUGUUAUUAGGAUAUUCAUGGAUGCACUAUCACCAGAAUUGAGCCAUGCUUGAAGCAUUUUAUGCAUACAUUCUUCUUGGUCAAAGCCAGAUGGUUCUACCUUAUUACUGAUGGCUUGGGUUUCAAUUAGUAGUUUUGUGCCAUCAUUGGUAAUGGCAGUGACAGCCCUGUCCCCAUUAUGAUUUGGUGCGAGGGGGCCACUAAUGAAAUUAUUUAGUCCUUCUCAGCAGAUGCCAUCAAAAUUCUUAAUAGCAUUUCAACUCACUGAUUUAUGUGAUGGUUUAUAGUUGACUCUUUCUUUUUAGUUUUGGAUGAUACCAGGUAGGGCUUUUCCUUGUGGUCUGUGGGAAUGAGUCCUGCUGAUUUGCAAGAUAUUUGCUAGUGGACUAGAUUAGUUUGCUUGAUGGGCUGCUAUCACUCAAAGAAAGCUAAAUCACCAGGCUAUGAGGAUCCUUCAAUUCUUUCUGCUGAAACACCAUUUACUGUCAAUGAAGUGGAGGCCUUACAUGAGCUUUUUAAGAAAUUGAGCAGUUCAAUUAUUGAUGAUGGGUUCAUUCACAAGGAAGAAUUCCAGCUUGCACUCUUCAGGAAUAGGAAUAAAAGAAAUCUCUUUGCAGACAGAGUUUUCGAUUUAUUUGAUUUGAAGCGCAAUGGGGUUAUUGAGUUUGGAGAAUUUGUUCGAUCAUUGGGUGUCUUUCAUCCAAAUACACCUACAGAAGACAAAAUCACAUUUGCUUUCAAAUUAUAUGACCUGAGGCAAACUGGGUAUAUUGAAAGAGAGGAGUUGAAGGACAUGGUUGUGGCGCUUUUGCAAGAAUCAGAUUUGGUACUUUCAGAUGAAGUUAUUGAAAUAAUCGUGCAUAAGACAUUUAGUGAAGCAGAUGCAAAAGGUGAUGGAAGAAUUGAUCAAGAAGAGUGGAAGGAAUUUGUGUUGAAGAAUCCGUCUCUAAUAAAGAACAUGACUCUCCCCUAUUUAAAGGAUAUAACUGUAGCUUUUCCGAGUUUUGUGCUUAAUUCUGAAGUUGAAGAUUCAGAAAUAUGAUACUUAAAACCUCAGAAAGGAGGUAUCAACAAUCUCGCGUCCAAUGAUGGCGAAAUAUUUCGAUUUCUGUUCUCUGAUGAAACGUGAACUUUGGACAAAGUCAUGUUUAAGACUACACCCCAGUUCAAAAACUGGAAUAUAUAGUUAAUCGCAUGAAGAAGAGCCAACAACGAAGACUCUUUCGACAAGCUGUAAUUCUCAUCGCUAUCUUAGUAAAUUUAUCUGUGUUCUUGGAAUGCAAGUUGAUGCCAAUAAAUUGUAUGAACCAAGAUCUCUUUGGAGUUCUUGUCUGAGUGCUAGGAUCUAGAGUUCUUGUCCAACCUCUAGUGCCUAGAGUGAGGGAGAGAUAGACAUACAAAGGGAAUCCAGAACUUUAGGGGAUUCAAAUUCAAGUUAUUUAGUAAACUGAGUGUUUUCCACGUUUGCUUUUGAGAGAUUUUGUGACAAGAUACUGGAGACAAUACAAAUGUGCAUCAUUUUUUUGGGUAGGGCGUGUAAAUGGCGUGGCUCCCAUGCAUAUUAUAUAUUUGGAAACAUCCCUUUCUUACAA